GAAACAUCUCUCCAGUUCAGUAGAAGAAGGGACAUACACGUACACGUGCACUGGUGGUCGCCAUGGGGAGAUUAUUAUUCAUCUUUCUGUUAUUCAUUUCCCUGUUUGAAGGGUGGAUGGUCCAGUCGGUUCCCUACGAUCAUACGGCGAGCAUCGAGUGCUUGAGCAGCCCGAUGAGAUCUCUGUACAAAGGCGGCAUUUUGCAGAACAGCGAGUUCGACAGCGGCCUGAUGGGGUGGCUGGUGCCGCCGGGCGUGAAGGCCGGCGUCAACAGCUCGCAGUCCGGCAACAAGUUCGCCGACGCCAAGAACAAGGGCCAGCCGUCGCACAGCGUCUACCAAAAGAUCCAGAUGCAGACCAACCACCACUACUCCCUCUCAGCAUGGUUGCAGGUUUCGUCCGGCACGGCGGUGGUGAAGGCGAUCUUCCUGGCCCCCAACGGCGCGUACAUUGGCGGCGGCGCCGUCGUCGCCAAGUCCGGCUGCUGGAGCAUGCUCAAGGGCGGCAUGACCGCUUAUUCAUCUGGGCCAGCCGAGUUCUUCUUCGAGGCCGAUGGUAGGGUGGACAUCUUGGUGGACAGCGUGUCCCUGCAGCCCUUCACCUUCGCCGAGUGGAGGAACCACACCAGCCAGUCGGCCGACAAGGUCCGCAAGAGCGCCGUCAAGGUGGUGGCCCGGGGCGCCGACGGCGUCCCGCUGGCGAACGCCGAGCUGAGCGUGAAGCUCCUCCGGCCCGGGUUCCCGCUGGGCAACGCCAUGACCAAGGAGAUCCUGGACAUCCCGGCGUACGAGAAGUGGUUCACGUCGCGGUUCACCGUGGCCAGCUUCGAGAACGAGAUGAAGUGGUACAGCACCGAGUGGAAGCGGAACCGCGAGGACUACAGCGUGCCGGACGCCAUGCUGGCCCUCGCCCAGCGGCACGGCAUCAAGGUCCGCGGCCACAACGUGUUCUGGGACACCAACAACACGCAGAUGGCGUGGGUGAACCCGCUGAGCGCCGACGAGCUCAAGGCCGCCAUGCAGAAGCGGCUCAGCUCCCUCGUGACGCGCUACGCCGGCAAGGUGAUCGCCUGGGACGUUGUCAACGAGAACCUCCACGGGCAGUUCUACGAGUCCCGGCUCGGUCCCAACGUGUCGGCGGAGCUGUACCAGCAGGUGGCCAAGAUCGACACGAACGCCACGCUCUUCAUGAACGAGUACGACACGCUGGAGUGGGCCUUGGACGUGACCGCCAUGGCCAGCAAGUACGCCGCCAAGAUGGAGCAGAUACGCUCCUACCCCGGCAACGACGGCAUCAAGCUCGCCGUCGGCCUCGAGAGCCACUUCGAGACGCCCAACAUCCCAUACAUGAGGGCGACGCUGGACAUGCUCGCGCAGCUCAAGGUCCCCAUCUGGCUCACCGAGGUGGACGUCUCCCCGAAGACGAGGCCAUACCAGGUGGAGUACCUGGAGGACGUGCUGAGGGAAGGCUACGGCCACCCCAACGUGGAGGGCAUGGUGCUCUGGGCGGCAUGGCACAAGCACGGAUGCUGGGUCAUGUGCCUCACGGACAACAACUUCACGAAUCUCCCCACCGGCAACGUCGUCGACAAGCUCAUCGACGAGUGGAAGACGCACCCCGUGGCCGCCACCACGGACGCCCACGGCGUGGCCGAGCUGGACCUCGUGCACGGCGAGUACAGGUUCACGGUGACUCACCCGUCGCUGGAGUCGCCCAUGGCGCACACUUUGACGGUGGACGCGUCAUCGUCUGCGUUGGAGCAUGCCAUAGACAUCAAGGUGUAGGGAUCAGAGACAUACGCACUACGCAGCCGUCUAGUGAUUCUUUAGAGGAACUAUUUCGUAGAGGGAGAGAGAGGCAUGCACCGCUGCUGCCCCUCUCUGAUAAGAUUCUGUAUUCUUGUCCUGCCUUUUCUUGCUGCCAUCAGCACGUCAUGCAGGAAAAAUGCAAGGAAAUUGUUAUCGGACCGA